AGCCCGUUCACAGAAUGAUGUUCGAUAAGAAAGUUAUAUAAAAAAUCGUAUUAUUUAUCCAUUAUGACGAAAAAAUAUUUGUUUAUAGGUCAAAGUGUAAUUAUUUUUUUUAUUUAGCUGUAAAGGUAUUUCUACAAUGGAUUACAGAUAACGUUUUGUGUCGUCUUUACAAGCUUCCGAUUUAUCCCACGUAAAUUUUGCAACAUUGAUAUAAAUGCACCUUAAGGCCUAACCAUCUCAAUCUCAACCUUCUCAACUAUUACCGACAGCUAAACUUACUUUUUUGCUUCUUUUCUUUACCGACUGAGAUUUUAUUUAUUUGUCAACAUUCUUCAUGAUUUGCGUCAUACAAUAACAAAGUUAUGUUUACAUUUCUUUUCGUUAUCUUUCAUUUGUACAACGUGUUAUUUUAAAAGUGACAGGAGAUUACCGCGCACAAAGCUAAUUUAAAACAGUAAAACAGCAUUUUAAAGAUUUUAUACUUUAACUAUGUUUUGUCAAACUGAAGGUACAUCCUUUGGUAUGAAAAUAGAUUUUGGUAUUACUUCAGUACCAUUGUCAGGCAGGAAUUCUACAUUUCCUAAUCAAAAUGCCACAGGAACUAUAUCAGGAGGUUUUUUAAAUAGUUCCACCAGUAAUUCUGGGUUUGGACAACCUUCUCAAUCACAUACCCAAUUCGGAGGUUUUGGAAAUACAAACACAGUUCCAUUUGUUAAUCAACAAACUAUGAAUCCGUUUGGAACUAAUGCACUUACGCAAGCUCUUGGUCAAAACAACAAUCAAACUGGUUUUGGUUUUAAUCCCAAUGGUCAGCCUUCGUCCCAAGAUUUAAAUAAUCCUUUCUUAAGAACGAACAUUUCUGCACCUAUUGCCUUGAACUCUUCUGCAGGAUCAACAGACGUAAGUGGAACAGUCGUGAAAUUCAAUCCCGUGGCAGGAACUGACACAAUACAAAAUCGAGGAUUGACACAAACAAUAAGAGUUCUUUAUUGGUGCAUUAAUUUCAUGAAAGAAUAUGAAGAGAAAUCUUUAGAGGAAUUACGAUUUGAAGACUAUAAGCAAGGUAGAAAAGGACCGCAAACGCAAACAACAGGAUUCACAAACACAUCAGCGUCUACUGGAGGUUUGUUUCCUUCAGCAUCAACCAAUUUCUUUAAUCAACCGUUCACAUUCCCCAAUUCUUCAAAUACUAACAAUCAAUUUGUUACUCCGUCAACUUCUUUGUUUCCCCCGAAAACAUCGACAAAUUCAAUCUUCAAUAAUCCGCAGACUAGUGGAUUUUCUCAAUCUAACCCGAGUACUGGUUUCUUUAAUUUGAAACCAAAUUCCUUUUGGCCAAGUCCAUCCAGUGGAUUUAAUCAAUUAAAUCCAAAACCCGCUUUUUCCACUGCGAAUACCCAAGCAACUCAAAAUUUCCUAUACAAACCACCUGGUUUUUCUUUAACACCUUCAGCAACUGCUGUGAAUAAUAAUCCAUUUUCGAAUCUACAGAAGAAUACUUAUACAUUUGCACCAUCUCUAAAUUACCGACCUUUUAAUUUUCCCAAUUCCAAUCCUCCACCACUUCCUCAAAUAUUCAAAACCCAAUUUCCUUUCAAUUCCUCAACAAUGAAGCAGAACUCAAGUACCACAAAUCCGAUACAUGAUCAAAUUUUGGGUUUGAUGACAACACCGUUCGGUCGUUGUUCAUUGUUAAAAAAUCUUCAAACAUCAUCUAAUAAAACUGAUCAUGUCCGGAAUUUUAAAUCAGCGUUUACUGUAAACAAACCGAGGAAUCGAACACAGUAUAAAAUUGCAACAAACACUUCCUUGAAAAUCAAACCUAAGGUGAUUGGUGUUGGAGUGCCUCAGAAGGCACUAUUCGAUAGCCUUGAACAGGAAGAUUCGUAUUUAUUGGAAACUUUUCAAGUACAUCCUAGUGCGAAACGUCUGGUUUUCCGAUCAAAGCCAUCUGAUACUUUUCAAACUGUGGGAAGUGAUAAUUCUGAUGCAAAUAUAUCAGCGACAUCAUCGUGUGGGGAGUCAAGUACAACUGAUAAGGAGAAUCUCGAAUUGUAAUUUUUCAACAAAGACUAGCUCCGCAAUGUGAAUUAAAUUUCCAACAGAAAAACUUGAAUCAGUUUACAAGUUUUUACAAAUAUUGAAAAUUUUAGUUUUACCACAGAAUAAAUUGAGAUCUGUGGUAAUAAAAGAUUCAUCGGGGCCUCUAAAUUCAGAAAUAAGUGUUGCAAGAUAACUUCAAGUCAGACUUGAAAGGAUUGAAUAUUAUAAUUAUAGUUCCUUUACUGGAAAAAAGGAAAAAAAUCAUUUCUAGAAUAUUCAAUGAAAAUUGAAUUUUGGAUCUUUCUUUAUUUGAAAGAAAUUGGAUUUCAAAUUAAAUUCUUCAAAAAUUUU